GUCUUCUUAUUUAUCUUCCCUUUUCCACUCUCGAAAAGUGAAAUUUCUCCAUUUCUUCUUCCCUCUACUUUUAACACCCAAACCCCCUUCUCUCGCCGGAAUAUGACCUCCGACGGCGCCACUUCUGCCUCCAAUUGUCGCCGUAAGCCUUCUUGGAGGGAGCGGGAGAAUAAUCGGACCAGAGAGCGCCGGAGAAGAGCCAUCGCUGCUAAGAUUUACUCCGGCCUUAGAGCUCAGGGUAACUUCAAUUUGCCUAAACACUGUGACAAUAACGAGGUCCUUAAAGCCCUCUGUGCUGAAGCUGGUUGGACUGUCGAAGAUGACGGAACCACUUAUCGGAAGGGAUGCAAGCCACCUCCCAUUGAUAUUGUUGGCACUUCAACCAAAAUCACCCCUUAUUCUUCCCAAAAUCCAAGCCCAUUGUCUUCUUCUUUCCCCAGUCCUAUGGGAUCCUACCAAGUAAGUCCCUCCUCCUCCUCCUUCCCGAGCCCGUCCCGUUACGAUGCCAAUAAUCCGUCCAAUCUCAUUCCUUAUCUUCGCCAAGCGAUUCCCAUUUCGCUUCCUCCUCUUAGAAUCUCAAACAGUGCUCCUGUGACCCCUCCCCUUUCAUCCCCAGCCUCAAGGACUCCGCAGCCAUUCCCCAAUUGGGAAGUCAAUGCUAAAGAAUCCUUGUCCUCUUUGAAUUACCCUUUCUUUGCAGUAUCUGCUCCAGCUAGCCCGACCCGCCCUCAGCUCCAUACUCCCGCCCCGAUCCACAAAUGUGAUGAAUCUGAAUCAUCUACCAAUGAUUCCAAUCAAUGGGCACUUUUCCGUGCCUAUGCGCCUUCUGCAUCGACAAUGCCAACAUCUCCCACUUUCAACCUUGUGAAACCUGCUGAUCAGCAUGUUCUGCAUGGUGGUUUCAUCCAAGAAAAUGGAAGAAGAAACGAAUUCGAGUUCUUGGGGUACAAGGUUAAGCCUUGGGAAGGGGAGAAAAUCCACGACGUUGGAUUGGAGGAUUUAGAGCUCACACUUGGUAGCAGUAAGGCUCGAAGCUAAACGGAAGAAGAAAUGAUCUACAAACAUAACACAAGUAAGAAACCCUCUUUCAAUUGAUUCAUGGUCUAUCUGGAAAUGUCAUGGCAUGGCUCGUUCCAUUCCAUAUUAUAAGUUAAAAACUUUACUUUAUACAGUGUCUGUCUUUGAGGGAGGGAGCUUUAUUCACUUCAUUUCAGGCAAUGAUUUUUCCUAGUUUGUUAUAUUACAUUACAAGGCAUGAUUUUAGGGAGUCCCAAGUUUAUAAAAUGUUUCAAGUCAGCAAUUACUAUGUAGAUAGAUGUAAUAUAUGAUGAGAAGGGAUUGGACAGUGAAAUGAACACAUAUUGCUCUGUUUUUCCUUAUCCAAAUUCUGUUUCAAUUCAAUUCAAUUCUUCAAUUU